GGACUGCAUUUCCCGGCAGCGCUGGAGCGGGAGCGGCCAUGGCGGAGCGGGGCCGGGGCUGGGCCCGGGCCGUGCGGGGGCUGCUGCUCGAUGUCAGCGGGGUUCUCUACGACAGCGGCGCCGGCGGCGGCGUCCCCAUCGCGGGCUCGGUCGAGGCCGUGCGCAGGAUCAAAGCCUCUGGGCUGAAGCUGCAGCUCUGCACCAACGAAACGCAGGCGACCCGGGAGAGCUUUGUGAGGAAGCUGCGGGCCCUGGGCUUCGACAUCUCGGUGGCCCAGGUGACAGCGCCGGCCCCGGCCGCCUGUCACCUCCUGAGGGAGCGCGGCCUGAGGCCACACCUGCUGGUGCACCACGAUCUUGUCCCUGAAUUUGCUGAGAUUGAUAAGACAAACCCAAACUGUGUGGUUCUUGGAGAUGCAGCAGAAAACUUCACCUACGCAAACCUGAACGAGGCUUUCCGACUUCUGAUUGGGAUGGAGAAGCCUGUUUUGAUCUCCCUUGGAAAAGGACGCUACUAUAAAGAAACCGAUGGGCUGAAACUUGAUGUUGGAGCAUAUAUGAAGGCACUGGAGUAUGCUUGUGAUAUCCAGGCUGAGGUGGUGGGGAAGCCAGCAAAGAGGUUUUUUGAGUCAGCCCUGGCAGAACUGGGAGUCCCAGCAGAGCAGGCCAUCAUGAUCGGGGAUGACAUUGUGAAUGAUGUCGGGGGAGCCCAGCAGUGCGGGAUGAGAGCGCUGCAGGUGCGGACGGGCAAGUUCAGGCCGUCCGAUGAAAACCACCCCGAGGUGAAGCCUGAUGCCUACGUGAACAACCUGGCUGAGGCUGUGGACAUCAUCCUCCAGGAGCUGUAAAUCCAAGCAGGAGCAGGGAUGAGCCCUCACGUGCAACGCCUCCAUGGAACCACUUCAUCCUCUCCCACCUCCAUCUCACCUGAAUGAACCCAGGCCAGCCUUGUCUAGGGUGGUGGGCAUCUGCCUUCUGACAUAUUUCACAUAAUGGUACUAAAAUGAUCUACUGACCUUCCAUCCAAGGGAACACCAAACCUGCUGUUCUCUGGCAAGUUUUCAAUGUCUGGCCCUUGGUGCCUGUGGGAGGCCUCAGCCUCCUCUGGGUGAUGCUGGGGGGCUGUUCCCCCUUUUUAUCUUUGCUUACCCGGGGAGGUGGGAAACAGGGAGCCCAGGCACCCCCUCCUGAAUGGAUUUACCUGUUUAACCCCCAUGUCCUGUGCCUUUUGGGGUGCCUGUGUGGGAUAGGGAGGAUGGAGGCCACCAAGCUCCUGUGUGUGCCUCGGGUGGCACAAAAGCCCUGGGGAGGGGGACAGCCCCACAUGCCUUGGCAAGGCAGGAGCCGUGGUUCUGCCAGGAUCAACCUGUGUGGAGCAGCCCCAGGAGAGGGCACAGCAAUCAGUAACACAUUAGGGAAUAACUGCACCAUCCUGUCAGGAAUAAACCCUGUCCUGUGGAUCUG